CUGUUCGUACCCGCCUCCUGCGCCUGCGCUCCCUGUGGGAUGAGAUCCGGCAGCGGGCCGAGGAGAGGGAAGGGAAACUGAACGACGUCUUAGACCUGGCAGGAAAGUUCUGGGCCGACGUGGCGGCGCUACUGAGCACGCUCCGAGACUCCCAAGACAUCGUGAAAGAGCUGGAGGACCCUGGUGUGGACCCCUCACUCAUCAAACAACAGAUUGAGGCUGCUGAGGCCAUUAAAGCGGAGACGGACGGUCUGAGGGAGGAGCUGGAGUUUGUCAGGACCCUCGGAGCUGACCUCAUCUUUGCCUGUGGAGAAACUGAGAAACCUGAAGUCAAGAAAACCAUUGAUGAGAUGAAUGCUGCCUGGGAGGGCCUGAACCGGACGUGGAGAGAGAGGAUGGAGAGACUGGAGGAGGCCAUGACGGCGUCUGUGCAGUAUCAGGACUCACUGCAGUCUAUGUUUGACUACCUGGACAACGCAGUGAUCAAACUGUGUGACAUGUCGACUGUGGGAACUGAUUUGGGAACUGUCAAACAGCAGAUUGAAGAGCUCAAG